AGCAUAAUCGUUGAUGGAGCAGAGAGAUGCUAGCUAGAUGCGGCGAUAUAAAGUCACAUCAUAAUUCAAAACUCUGUGAAAUCCACGAGAGACAAGUAUUUGUGUGAUAACUACUAUUUCAAUGUAGACUAUUCGUCAUUUUUGUUCUCAAUUUUGGCUGAGAAUUUGAUGAUAUAAAUCGUGGGGGAAAUCGACUACUAGUACUAGGCCUACAGUCAGCUGUCGGCAUUCACAUAUUGCAUUGUGAGUACCGUAGAUGCUUGCUAACAUACAACACACACACACACAUUGGAGCCGAGUUGAGGCGCCGUAUUGUGAAUGGUCGUAAUUGAAUGCAGUGAAUGCAGUGAUACACGUACCUACGGAGCUAGUGUACUGCGUGAUUUACAUUUUCACUUUUAGAUGAUUGCACAUGUACAGCCAGUUUUUACCGAGGCAACAUGUCUACAAAAGUAGAGCAGUUUGCUGCAAAGAUCCGCAAUGUGAAGGAUUAUCAGAACCGAAUCCUGUACAACAUAGCACCUCUCCCUACAGGCAUAGAUAUAUCCAACACUCUGAAGUAUUUCAUUCACACGUUAAGAAAUAUACUCAAAGAAGGACCAGGAGAUGUUGACAUUCUUCUUGUAGAUGAACCCAAAUUUGGCACAGCGAGAAAGCGUGUGAAUCUUCGUAUCCCUCACUACCCAAGCCUUGACUAUCUAGGCUUAUAUGAGACUCUUGUUGGACUGGUUGAUAUCGUACCAUUGGUGCAGUAUGGACAGUUUGCUUUUGGUCAGGCUAUCUUGCAGUUGUUUGGAUGCAUACUGUGGUUCUUGGAGCCAGAAACCAUUGACACUAUCCCUCACACAGUGGCAUCUACACUCGCUGUAUUCCAAUCAUCACUACAGAAGGAGACCGUAGACCUUCUAUGUACCACACUGCUUCCGAUAUGUCUCACUGAAGUGAUGGGAUGGGAAGGAGAGACGUAUGCCUCUAUGUCAAUGUCUGCUGUGAUCAUGCUCGUGCUACAACACUGCAAAAACAAAGCUCACCAUGCCUUGCUAGUAGAAAGCAUCAUGACAUACAAGCCUGGUGUGUUCAAGGACAUUUUGUGCACCAUCGCCUUUGGACCAUCCACAGCAAGAGGAGCUGCAGCCAACCUUCUCUUCCAUUACUGGCCUGCCCUGGUUCCUGCUAGUUUGGACAGCAGGGAGUUCACUUAUGCAUGUUGGAAGCCGAUACUAUGUCAAAGAUCCACCUGUUUAACACCAGUCAACAAUGCUGCUGUGAAGAUGUGUAUGGAUCCAUCCAUAGCAGGUAAACAUAGCAAACAACCACCUCCUCUCUACCUUUGUUCAGUCUGCAGCGAGUAUGUCAGCAGAGAACUUACUAAACCACUGCAGAAUGUCCUGACACCCCUGGAAAAUGUAUCCAGAACAUGUGAAAACAAGAACUGUGCUUCGAAUGACAAGACUGCCCUCUAUACGUGCUUUGCCUCAGAAUGCACAGGACAGCAUGGCAAUAAGCCAGUGUGUUACUGCUUAUGUUGCCAUCAUGCUAUACAUCCCAGGGACAGUGAACAUGUGAUACAGGAGUUCCCUCAUGAUCCGUGGUCGUGUGAUAAGGAGACACAGAUUGUGCUGGUGGAAGCAAUCAUCAGUCUUCUGAAGGAGGCCCAUGUAACAGAGAAAGACCCUCUGAUGGCUGCUGCUGAGGACGAUGAACCCGAGUCUGCGGAUGAAUUCUCACAGGCUCCCCGUGAGAAUGAUAUGGCUGAGCUGGAAUCUAACGAGGAAGACUCUCGUCUCUUGAGUCGCUACGGUCUGUGGCUGCUCAUAGAGAAGUGUACACCCAAUGAUAGAACCCCAUGUGAGAUCGUUGGUAGACUACUCAGUAUGCUGUUCCAAUGGUAUGGCUUUACUGCUACCCUCACGCAAGGGAGUAUUAUGUUGGAAGGCUUAAAGAGAGAGUAUGUAACCAACUGGCUUCUGAAGCUUCUCAACACUAAUUUCAGUGUGUUUGUCUCCUGCCUCAUGCCAACCCCAGCAGACUAUGCUAAAGUAGGAGGCCACUGGGACACAUUAUGUAGUCGCAUUACAGAACUCCAUGAUGGGCUAAAGAAUGUGUUUGCUCUUACACCUUACAACACAAUUUCAUUUGAGGUUUGGGACCACAUCAUGCCGGCCUGGAUGGAGUCAAUCUCACAAGAGAUCCAAGAAGAAGACCUAGCACAGCUUCAGGACAUCCUAUGCAGUCUCUUUGACAUAGACAUGUGUCCGCUACCCUUCUCUUCUGAUAAGAUGUUUCAUUUCAUUGCUAUCAAGUUCAAGUCCACACAGGCCAAGGAACAGGAAAAGGCUUUGCUGUGGCUACAGGUCCUGUCUGAAAUGGACAUUGUCAUUCCCAUCAAGCUACUCCUAUCUAUCUUCAACGAGGGCCUUUCCUCCAUCAUGGACAUCCAACGCGCCAAGGUAGCCAUGUUUACUAACAAGCAAACCCUCUCACCGGACAGUGCUGCUACGGUAGUAGUUGGAGCCAACAUGGACCUACGUUCAUCCAAGGACAGUGGCAAGGCAAAGGAGAAAGAGGAAGUAGGGCGCCCAACCCAGGUCAUCAAGUUCUUCUCAGAUACGCUGAUGCCAGCAUCUCCUAUUUCUUUGAAUAAAGGAAAUGGAGUCAUGAAAAUAACAGAGCCAUUCAAACCACCUGAUGCACUCAAACCUACAGAGAUACCCAAACCUACUGAAACUCCUAAGAAAGUAGAGCCACUGAAGCCAAGUGUCCUGAGCACCCCUAAGACCCUACCCCUAGAGCUACCCACCAAUGGGGUAGGGGGCACUCUACCAGCAGAGCCCCCACACGUGACGAUUGACCCUUCUCCUCUGAGUCCAGAUAAAGAUGAGAAGGCUAAGAUGGAACAGACUGAGGAGGAGGUUCUUCGGUGCUUUGUGCUCAUGCUCGAUCUUCUUAUCAUGCAGAGCGAUCUUCAGUAUCUGCCAUUCCAUCAAGGCUUAGAGCACAGCCAAUCCAAGGACUUUGUGGCCCUUCUAACCACCAUGCUUCAAACCCCAUGGGUGACAGAGAACAUGUUUGAAACCAACUCAGCAGAGGGAAAGGAUAAGAAAGACGAGAAACAAAAUCCUGAGAAGGCGGCAGAAGCCAAACAGGAUUCGUCCGAUAACACCAAUAAUGCUGGGAAGUACAGAAAGAAGUCCAUCGGUCAUAAGUGUACAGCUAAUUAUGAAGCAAUGGGAACGAAUGGUGUUAAGAUGAUGUCAUGUAGUCUCUGUGAGCUCUGGGCUCUGUGGUUUCAGCUCUCCCUCAAGCUCUUGGAGCGCAUCGCUCCCGGUGGGGAGACCAAAGUCUGUGACAUGCCGGAUGUUUCUGAGUACCAGUUUGAGAAGAGUCUGGAGGAGGCCCUCACCAUCUGUAAGACCAACGAUGUUAAGAGCAAGAAGAACAAGGGUAUCAUGGAUCGAGGGAUGAGCAAACACAAGAGAAUUACUAAGGGACUCACUGUCCCUGAGAAUAAGACCGAUUCUACAGCCCAGGGUCUGCUGGCUGCUACAGAGGUCCGGACUGAGGUCCUGACGGCUGAAACAGUUCAGGCCUUCUCAGCAGUCACCAACCUGAAAGCAGAGAAAGAGAGAGCAGCCAAGAAACCAGGAGGAGGGCUCAAACCACAGAAAGGAGAUAAAGGCAAGCCGGGUAAGAAAGAUCAUGACAAGGCAACCUGGCAUACGGGACAUGGAGAUUUCACCAUCAAACUAGAAGAGCUACCAAGAUCACUUCAGCUUCUCUUCAUGUUGCUCCAGGAAGUAUCCAAGCAUCCCGACCCUAAUGUGCUGUUGAACCUCCUGAACUGUGUCAAGGUACUGUGUUUGAAUGCAGAAUGCUUGAGACAAGCGGCCAAGGAUCAAGUCGGAUUCCUAGUCUAUGCACAGGAGAACUUGCUCAUACCAAGUUUCUGGAACCUUUUGGAAGGAGAGUUAUCUCAUGUUGUUGAGCUCCUGGUGCCUCUCAUACUGCAUUGCUUUGCCCUUCCCUGUGGAGCAGAUGUCAUGUGGAGCUUGGUGGAUAACGAGGUAGAGAGUGAAAGCUGGCAGACUAGAUUCAGAGCAGCUGAGAGAGUGACAGUCAUGCUGCGAUGCGUAGAAAAGAAAUCACUGGGAAACAAUUCGGUCAUCAUGGGCUCACUUGCUCAUGCCUUCAGUUCAUUGGUAGUAGCCACAGAAGAUAUCUGUCCUGCUGUCUCAGCUAGAGCCAUUCUUAUGCUAGAGAGCAUUCCAAUGAAAGUCAUCAAGGUGUUGGUGGGCUGUCUUGAGUUUCAAUGGGACUCUGUCCUGGAAGAUCGUGUGCUAAUCCUGUCUAAGCUGCGUCUUCUACAUCACUUCAUGCCAAAGGCCCCUGUGCUCUCUUGGGAGUUCUUCAUGAACCGUCUAGAUACUCUAGCUCUAGAGGCACAGGUAGACAUGGAACAAAACAAGGAGUUUCCAUUCCCUAUGGACACCAGUCGUUCCAGUGCCGGCCUCGGUGACCGAACGGACAUCUUCAUGAACAAGCUCCACCGAGCUCGGUUAGCUCGCUCCCAGUCUGAGCUCUCUGGAACCCUGAAGCCACGUCGUCUGUCUGCUGCCUUCAGUAAGCAGGAUAGCAAGGCUAGGAGCAAAUCCAUGCCCACUGGUAUCGGCUUUGCUCGCUUUAACUUCCCACCUUCUGAUCGAUCAACUUACAGCAGGCCAGCCAACUGCCGAGGAGAUAACUUUCUAAUUGGAGAUGGUUUGCUGAUGAACAGUUUGUUCCAUGAUGGUCACCUGAAAGGAAUCAAGGAAGAGAUCAGAGAAGAGAUACCAACAUUCACCAUUGACUUGACCAAUGCUGAUAAACAGACUGUACACAAGCUUAUCACACUCCUCAUGAUUUUCAUGACAGGACCAAGCAGUAUGGAUGAUGACCAAGUCUCGGGAAGAGCUAUGAGCACUGUUUUGCGUCACCUGACUGUGUUGCUAGGUUACAACCAAGUCAGCAAGACCUUCAACCUUCCCCCACAUCAACUGCGAGAGUCGGCAGUCUUCUAUGCAUUCAUGGCAGGAUUACCCAAGAUGCUAGAUCACAAUGUCAAGGUUGGUAACAUGGUGUUACCUAUGGUGUUGAGUCUCCUGCAGUACUGCCCUUCACCUCAGAAGUGCUCUCAAGACUCACAUCCUCCAGACUACUCCCUAUGGUUCCUUGAACCUCACUGCAGGCACUCCUGGUUCAUGUCUCUACUCAUCGUGCUCUACAAGUAUUCCAUUGACCAAGCCGAGUUGAAGACAACACUGAAGGCUUUGGUUCGGAUCACUAUGAAUGUCUUGGAGGCACAGCGUCAUAUCUGUAAGCCCAAGAGACCCGAACCACCACAACCAGAGGACAUCUGGGGUGCUACCCUCCCCAACAAAAACAAAUCAGAGUCAAGUCUUCCUCGAGAGGAUGACAUCAGCGAAGAACUGGGUUCCAUCUCAUCCGUUGGUCCCAACACCCCCCUCCUCACCGCUACCACCACCACCACCACCAAGACCACUGAUCCAGGCAGCCCCCCUGGUGAUACACCCUCCUCUCCCACCCCUAGGGUAGAGUUCAUUACCCCUGGUCAAGUCAUCACCACCAUCAGCAGUGGAGGGGGAGGUGGGCGGGGUAUGGGUGGCGGAGGUGGAGUCGCUGUGACCAAGGAGGAUCCUCGUGUACCCCAGCACCAGGAGCUGGAGCUGGAGCCUGAGAUGCUCUUUGUCUCAGAGGAUGAGGUUAUCAAUCUACCCAUCAACUCUUCCAGCAGGAACUUUGUGGCAUCCACUAUCCUAGAGGUUGAAGAGGAAGAAGAGCCUGAACCCGAGCUUGAGUUACUAGAAGGCUUUGAUAUGAUAGAACCUCUACAGACAUUGGACUCAGUGGCAGAACCCAUGAAAGCCACUGCUACAUUCAUGGCUGAGGAAUCUAUGAAAGCUACUCCUACCUUUGUAGCGGAACAGCCUGAGACGUUUACACACACCGCAGCUCAGCUUGUGACAGAAUUAGAGUCAGCCACGGUUCAGAGCCUCACAGUCGAGCCUCAAGUCAUGCAAGCUGCCACUCUCCAGUCUGCUACCGUCGCUGAGGCCAAACCCAAAACCAUCCAACCAAAGUUCCGCACCAAAAAACGCCGCAAGAUGGGCGUGGCCACCAUCAUGUCCUCUGCAAAUCAAGGCAGUGGGGAGAACUCCCCAUCGGUAGGGGGAGGGGAUGGAGUGCAGUUUGACCUACCGGGGGAUUCACCAGAUGGUAGAGGAAGAGGAGGGGAUAAGAAUAAGAAGAGGUCUCAAAAGCUGAAGGAACAAGCCCAGAAGUCUCCUGAGAAGAGAAGCAGUGUGUACUCAGCUAUCAGACGCUAUCAUGAAGAUAAAAACUUUAUGGCUCUAACCAAGUGCACUGAUUGUGGUGCUCUCCUUGAGGAAUAUGAUGAUGAUACAAUUUCCUUGGCCAUAGUAGUCCUAUCAACCUUUGUCCAUCGGGAUCCAGAGUUAGCUGCACCUCUCCUACUGGAGAUGCUGCAGGUCGUUGGCAGGGUUGCCUCUGCUACAUUCUACCCUUGGCAGAGUGAAAGUAUUGGCUGCCCACCUGGUCAUUGUUGUACUGUGGCUAAACAGUUCCUUCGUUGUACCCUCCAUCAGCUUGCUCCAAACGGGGUUUUCCCUCAACUCUUCCUCAGCAAGAUUGAAGAUCACACAUUCUUACCUACCAUGGCUUCAGCUCUACAAGAUUUUACUGAACUCAACCCUACUGAUGCUAUCAUACAUCUUCUGGAGGGUCUGAAUGAUAAACGCAACCUGCCUCCUCUGCGUACCAUGCUGGUGUUGAUGAAUAUGGCAAACUACAUGGAUUCCCUGCCCAUCGAAGGCUCCACGGCAUGGGGGAACCUGGUACCCCUCUUUGAUACCUUCUUCAGAAAACUUGUCACUUCCAUGCCAGAAAAUUGUGAUGUGAACGAUCUGUUCCGGAUCUUUGAGGUGCUUCUACGUAGCCCAGCCACCAAGAGUCUACAAACCUUGCUAGACCCAAUGGGCAAACUCAUGAGCUUUGCCAUAGUCAGAGCUCGCUUUAAGCUCACUCAUCUACUAGAGAUCUGUACCCUCUGUAAUAGGAUCUUUGCAAAGGAGAGAGAGAAGCAGUCAUUUGCCAGAGUGGUCACUCUAGAACUGGUCCAGGCUCUGAAGUUUAAGACCAACCUUCCAGACAUCAACCUGAUCCAACUAGUCCAGUUUGUUGUGAUGGACGCGGGAGGCAAGAUGAGUGACUUUGGUCAUAUGGAGGCUGAUAUUGAGGUUGACAUGGCAAUGAACUCUACAGGAGCCACAGACUGCAUGAGACAGUAUGUCAGUGAUGCUACUGAAUACAUUGGAGACCUUCAUACACUCACUAAAGUCAAGAACAAUCUACGAGGGGGCUCUCAGAAUUUGAAUGAGGAUACGUUGGGUAGCCAGCUGAAAGCAGGAGUAGCUCAAAUUGUUGCUCUAGAGUUCACUAAGGCUAAUGGUAGAGAAGGACCAAAGGCUAUACAGAGACAUCUACCAUGGCUCUACCACCCACCUUCAUCUGUUCAACAAGGGCCUAAAGAGUUCAUAGACUGCAUCGCCCAUGUGCGUCUCCUGUCCUGGUUACUCCUUGGUUCAUUGACCCAUGCUGCCCUCUGCCCACCAUCCUUCACAAACAGUGGUCUGAUCAGUCAGCCCAUCCCGUUAGAUGCUGGUAACCACAUCGCUGAUCAUAUACAGGUCAUCUUAGCAGGCUUUGCUGAGCAGUCCAAGGCAUCCGUUCUUCAUAUGUCAUCUCUCUUCCAUGCAUUCAUCCUCUGUCAGCUUUGGACAAUGUAUUGUGAGCAGAUGGCGUGUAUGAAUGCUCCUAACUCUGAUGCUCACUCAUCAGCCACCUUCAGCAUCAUGGACUUCUGGAGUCGUGUUACCCCCGGUGUCCUGCAGCUUCUCUCCCACUCUAAAGUGUUGGCAGACAUGGUGAACCUUCAUUUCUUGAGUCUGAUGGAAGCCCUUCAAGAAUGUAACUCUUCUGUUCUAGCCAAGCUCUUCCCCAUGUGGUCUCCAAUCCUGUUCAGCUAUCCUUCAAAGCUCCCAGGAAGCCUACAGGUGAGACUACAGAACUGUGAGAACUUUCCACCUCCAAGUCUGAUGAAAGGGGAGGUCACAUCUUACCAUUCUACCACACUACUCAAAUGGCUAAAGAGACUACAGUUCAAAAUGGGACAGAUUGAGAUCCAAUCUUCAGCUGCCACUCAAUUCUACACUGUGUAGGAAACCAGUCUGAGAACUGGAUACCACUCUGGUAGAACCAAAGACAGAUUGUGAUAUUGUUUACUAUUGCAUGCUCUUUACAGCUGUUCUGCAAGACAUAGAUGUUUCUUUGAAGAAAAUGACAUAUAGCACUCCAUUUUCACCGUUUCAUUGACUUUUGACUUUGGUAUUUGACACACUGAGAUUCAAUAUAUUACUGGUUGAUGGUGAUCACAUCCUUAAAGUAUAAUUGAAGAUACAGCUCUUGUUAUUUGAUCCCUUUUCACUGUAUGUACAAUUCACAAGACAUUAUAAUUAGAUGGAUUACAUGACAUUAUAUUCAUAAUACUGUUUAAAGAGUAUGUGUAUAAUGAAAGCACUGUAGUUUAAUGUGUGAUUUGAUUUUGAAAGUCAUAUGUAACACGAUGCAUCAAUAGAUGGACAUAUAUAGGUAGAGGUGUCGUGGGGAUACAUCACCGGACUGUCGAUCACAAGGUCUGCAGUUCGAGUCCCGCCGC